UGUCACAGUGAACAUUAACAGAGAAGCUUAGCAAUACCGGAAGCUUGGAAAUAAUUGAAUUUUCUCUGUUACACAAUGACGUGGCCAGGUGACCAAAUAUGUUAGGCACGGCCCUGCAGGGGCUGGCUGACACACAACCACCAGCAGCGGGUCACGUGACUGUGGCUUUUGGCAAGACCAGCUAAGCAGAGAUCGUAAACUUCAGCUGGCUGGCUGACAGCAGUUCUCACCAGUUGUGUUCACAGUCACCAAACAGUUAAACUCUAGACAUCUGCUAGAGUCCAGGAGGAGGAAUGGGGACUGUGACUCACUUUCCUCUAAACAGUGCUAGUGAAUAAAUGGUGCUCCAGGACUCCUUGCUUCACAUUUCCCAAAACAGGGCAACAUGGUCAAGAGAGAGAUAAGUAUGCGCCAACAAACUUGUGCUCUAUUACAGAAGAACCUCCUCAAAAAAUGGCGAAUGAAAAGAGAGACCAUAAUGGAAUGGCUGAGCUCUUUGCUCCUUCUGCUUCUCUUGUAUUGGUACCCUCAUGGUCACGAAGCUACAGACUUUUCUGCCGUACCCACCAAGGACCUGGGCCGAGUAGAUUCAUUUAGACAAUCUGGGUUCACUUUGGCAUACACCCCUGUCACCAAUGUGACACAACAGAUAAUGGAGAAGGUGGCUGCUGCCUCUUUCAUGACAGAUAGAAAAGUCUUGGGACUGUUGGAUGAAGAAAGCACCAUGGAACUAACAGAAAGUCAUCAGGAAAUAAUAAGGGUCAUUUUUUCUGACACAUUCUCAUAUCAUCUGAAAUUCGAGUUUGGACAAAGAAUCCCAAUAUGGAAAGAACACAAGGACCAUGAAGCUCAUUGUUUUGGAAAGUAUGAAGAUGUUGACUGUCUGGUAUCAAUAUUCUGGAAGAAAGGAUUUGUGGCUCUUCAAGCUGCCAUCAAUGCCGCCAUCAUAGAAACCACAACAAACCAUUCGGUGAUGGAGGAACUGCUAUCAGUUACUGGGAAAUACAUGAAAAUACAACCUUUCAUCAGUCAAAAUGGGAUACUGACUGAUUUCUUCAUUUUAUUCUGCAUUAUCUCCUUUUCCCCAUUCAUCUAUUACAUGUCUAUCAAUGUCACAAGAGAGAGAAAAAGGAUGAAAGGCUUGAUGGUGAUGAUGGGACUUCAAGAGUCAGCAUUCUGGCUCUCCUGGGGUCUGCUCUAUGCUGGCUUCAUCUUCAUUAUGGCCCUAUCCCUGGCACUGGUUAUCAAAUCUGGCCAGUUUCUUAUUCUAAGCAGCUUCAUGGUGGUCUUGAGCCUCUUCCUUCUUUAUGGAUUGUCCAUGAUCACUCUGGCCUUCCUAGUGAGUGUCUUGGUAAGGAAGUCUGUCCUCACUGGCCUUGUUAUGUUCCUUCUCACCAUCUUCUGGGGAAGUCUGGGCUUCGCAGCUUUGUACAGAUGCCUUCCUGAAUCCAUGGAGUGGACUUUCAGUCUUUUCAGCCCCUUUGCCUUCACUCUAGGAAUGACCCAGCUUCUACAUGAGGAAUAUGACUUAAAUUCUAAUGCACCCCCUGAUCCAGCAGGUGGCUCAAAUCUGAUUAUAGCAACCAAUUUCAUGCUGGCAUUUGAUGCAUUUUUGUAUUUGGCCUUGAUGAUGUACUUUGAAAAAAUUCUGCCAAAUGAAUAUGGAUAUCAGCACUCUCCCCUGUUUUUCCUGAAGUCCUCAUUUUGGUCGCGACAAAGGAAGCCCGGUCAUGUGAUUCUUGAACAUGGAAUAGAUUCUGAUCCUUCAUCCGAUGAUUCAUUUGAACCAUUGUCCCCAGAAUUCCAUGGAAAAGAGUCCAUCAGAAUCAGGAACAUUUGUAAAGAAUACAAAGGAAAGCCCAAUAAAAUAGAAGCCUUGAAAGACCUGACACUGGACAUAUACAAGGGACAAAUCACAGCAGUACUUGGUCACAGUGGAGCUGGGAAAUCAACACUGCUAAAUAUUCUUAGCGGGUUAACUGCUCCUACGAAAGGCUCUGUCACCAUCUACAAUAAUAAGCUCUCAGAAAUGGCUGACCUAGAAAACAUCUUCAGGAUAACCGGAGUUUGUCCACAAUCCAAUGUGCAAUUUGGCUUCCUAACUGUGAGAGAAAACCUCAGGCUUUUUGCUAAAAUAAGAGGAAUUCCACCCCAAGAAGUGGAGAAAGAGGUGCAAAGAGUUUUGCUAGAAUUGGAAAUGAAGAAUAUUCAGGAUACCCUUGCUCAAAACCUAAGUGGUGGACAGAAGAGAAAGUUAACUUUUGGAAUUGCCAUUUUAGGAGAUUCUCAAAUUUUCCUACUGGACGAGCCCACUGCUGGCCUGGAUCCCUUUUCAAGGCACCGGGUGUGGAAUCUCCUGAAGGAACGCAAAGCAGACCGCGUGGUCCUCUUCAGCACUCAGUUCAUGGACGAGGCUGACAUUCUGGCUGACAGGAAAGUGUUCAUCUCCAAGGGGAAGCUGAAGUGUGCAGGUUCAUCUCUGUUUCUGAAGAAGAAAUGGGGGCUUGGGUAUCACUUAAGUUUGCAGCUGAAUGAAGUCUGCAUUCCCGAAGACGUCACAUCGCUUGUUAAACAGCACAUCCCUGAGGCUAAGUUAUCGGCCGAAGGUGAAGGGAAACUUGUCUUUACUUUACCCUUAGACACAACCUACAAAUUUCCAGAUCUUUACCAGAGCCUUGAUAGCUGUCCUGGACUGGGAAUUGAGAACUAUGGUGUUUCCAUGACAACUUUGAAUGAGGUGUUCCUGAAGCUAGAAGGAAAAUCGGCAAUUGAUGAAUCAGAGGUUGACAUCGCGGGAGAAGGACAAACAGAGAGAUCUGGGGACACAGAAAGACUUACAGAGAUGGAGCAGAUUCUCUCUUCACUUACGGAAAUGAAAACGGUGACAAACAGCCUGGCUCUCUGGAGACGGCAAAUCUGUGCGAUUGCAAAGGUCCGCUUGUUGAAGUUAAAGCAUGAAAAGAAAACUUUCUUGUCUCUGCUCUUGGUUCUGGCGGUUGGAUUUUUCCCUAUUCUUUUUGAGAACAUCAGGAUGAAAGUACAUCAAAUCAGUUACUCUUGGGAACUCUCCCCUCACUUGUACUUCCUUGCUCCUGGACAACCUCCCCAGGACACCCUCACUCAGUUACUGGUCAUCAAUAAGACAGGAGCAAGCAUUGACGACUUCAUCCACUCUGUGGAACGGCAGAACAUAGCUUUGGAAGUCGACGCUUCCGGAGCCAGAGAUGGCACAGACGACCCUUCCUACAAUGGGGCCCUUAUUGUGUCUGGUAACGAGAAGAAUCAAAGCUUUUCGUUUGCAUGCAAUACCAAGAGACUGAACUGCUUCCCAGUUCUGAUGGACAUCCUUAGCAAUGGGCUGCUUGGAAUGGUUAAACCAUCAGGACACAUCCAAACUGACAGAAGCACAUACUUCGUGAACAUAAACGCUAAUCCAUUUGAAUUCCUGGGGUAUUCUGCAUUCUGGCUGGUCCUGACCUCUACUUGUCCUCCUUAUAUCGCCAUGAGCAGCGUCGGGGACUAUAAGAACAAAGCCUGGUUCCAGCUGCGGGUCUCCGGCCUCUUCCCUUCCGCUUACUGGUUAGGGCAGGCACUGGUGGACCUUCCCCUCUACUGCUUUGUCUUCAUUUUCAUGUAUCUAAUGGACUACCUUUUAAGCUUUGGGAAUACCAAGCUUACUAUUGUAAACCACGUCAUACAAAUUCCCUGUUCCAUUGGCUACGCCACCUCCCUUAUCUUCUUAACAUACCUGAUUGCAUUCAUUUCCCGCAAGGGGAGGAAAAACAGCGGCACUUGGUCGUUCAGCUUCUUUGUUAUUACCAUGUUCUCGGUAAUUGCGAUCAUACUGGAUAUCCAAGGGAAUGGCAUGCUGUAUUACGUCACCUUUUUAAUACCACACUCCACCCUGAUUGGCUGUUUGAUGUUGUCUGUUCGUAUUCUCAUGUUUCAUCUCUUUGAUGAAGAAUUGGUGAUUGUAGAGCCAUUUCUGGUAUUCCUCAUUCCUUUCCUUCAUGUUUUCAUUUUUAUUUUUAUUCUUCGGUGUCUGGAAUGGAAAUUUGGAAAGAAAACAAUGAGGAAGGACCCUAUCUUUAGAAUUUCUCCAAGAAACAAUGACGUGCAUCAAAAUCCAGAAGAGCCGGAAGGAGAAGAUGAAGAUGUUCAAAUGGAAAGAACAAGAGCAGCUAAUGCCUUGGCAUCCACCAGUUUUGUUGAGAAGCCAGUCAUUGUUGCCAGCUGCCUACGCAAAGAGUAUGCAGGCAAGGGGAAGCAUUGCCUUUCCAAAAAGAAGGCCAAGAUAGCCACCAGGAAUGUCUCCUUCUGUGUCAGGAAAGGUGAGAUCCUAGGAUUGUUAGGACACAAUGGAGCUGGCAAAAGUACAUCUAUUAAAAUGAUAAGUGGAGACACAAAAGCCACAGCUGGACAGGUGCUUCUGAAGGGAAGUGGAGAAGGGGACACCCUGGGGUUCCUGGGGUACUGUCCUCAGGAGAACGCUCUGUGGCCCAACCUCACCGUGAGGCAACACCUGGAGGUAUUUGCUGCGGUGAAGGGCCUGAGCAAAAGUGACACUGCAGUCACCAUUACAAGGUUGGCGGAUGCGCUCAAGCUGCAGGACCAGCUGAAGUCUCCUGUGAAGACCCUGUCUGAGGGAGCGAAGAGAAAGCUCUGCUUCGUGCUGAGCAUCCUGGGGAACCCGUCUGUGGUGCUUCUGGAUGAGCCGUCGACCGGGAUGGACCCCAAGGGGCAGCAGCAAAUGUGGCAAGCCAUCAGAGCCAUCAUCAAAAACACAGAGAGGGGCGCCCUGCUGACCACCCAUUACAUGGCAGAGGCCGAGGCCGUGUGCGACCGAGUGGCCAUCAUGGUGUCUGGGAGGUUGAGGUGUAUUGGCUCCAUCCAACAUCUGAAAAGCAAAUUUGGCAAAGAUUACCUGCUGGAGAUGAAGGUGAAGACCCUCCAGCAGGUGGAGCCACUCAACACAGAGGUCCUGAGGCUUUUCCCCCACGCUGCUCGGCAGGAAAGGUUCUCUUCUCUGAUGGUUUACAAGUUACCAGUGGAAGACGUGCAGCCUUUAUCCCAAGCUUUCUUCAAGUUAGAGAAGGUUAAGCAGACCUUUGACCUGGAGGACUACAGCCUUUCCCAGUCCACCCUGGAGCAGGUCUUCCUGGAGCUCUCCAAGGAGCAGGAGCUGGAUGGCUUGGAAGAGGAACUAGAUGUCUCGGCGAAUUGGAAGCUCCUCCCACAGGAAGAAGCUUAACCCAAAAAUGCUUCCCGUUCCUACGUAAGACUGUGUCGUUUCUUAAAGACAACUAUUUUUAUAGGACCAAUGAAAUAGUUUAGUAUCUAUAUUAUAAACACCACGAUGGUUCUUCAGGGGUUGGAGAAAAGGGAUGAGCGCUAGGUAGAGGCUGGACCACAGGGCAGCCUAGCUUCUACCACAUCUCCGUAGGGCAUCUCUAUAGAAUGCUAAAUAAAGUUACUUUUAUACAA